CAUCGCACAGUCCGCGGCAGGUCGUCGAAGAGGCGUCGUCGUCGUGUCCGCGAUCCGCAGUUGUGUGUGCGCUCGAAACCGACACCUGUUAGAAGUGGUGCGCCGAGCCGGCGAUGGCGGCCACGUGAACCAGCCGAAGACGCGGUGCUGCAAGAUGGCUCUGAAUAUCGUCGUCGUCGUCGUUAUCGUGGUCGUCGCGUCGCUGAGUGCUUCUGCCCGCGCCUACUCCUGGCCCAGCGAGGAGACGACGACGCGCCCGCCCCAAGCCAGAGACUUUCACAGCGAUCCGUUGGUCGUCGAGACCACCAGCGGCCUGGUGCGGGGCAAGGCCAAGACGGUGCUGGGUCGCGAAGUGCACGUCUUCACGGGGAUUCCCUUCGCCAAGCCGCCCAUCGAACAGCUGAGGUUCAGGAAGCCCGUGCCCAUCGAUCCCUGGCACGGCAUCUUGGAUGCCACCAAGUUGCCCAACUCGUGCUACCAGGAGCGCUACGAGUACUUCCCCGGCUUUGAGGGCGAAGAGAUGUGGAACCCCAACACGAAUAUCUCCGAAGACUGCCUCUACCUCAACAUCUGGGUGCCCCAGCGCUUGCGUAUCCGCCACCACGGCGAGAAGCCUCCUCUAGAGAGGCCCAAAGUCCCCGUCCUCGUGUGGAUCUACGGCGGGGGUUACAUGAGUGGCACCUCCACGCUCGACAUCUACGACGCCGACAUCAUCGCCGCCACCUCCGACGUCAUCGUCGCCUCCAUGCAGUACCGCGUGGGCGCCUUCGGCUUCCUCUACUUGAGCAAGUACUUCCCUCGCGGUAGUGAGGAAGCCCCCGGCAACAUGGGCAUGUGGGACCAAGCCCUAGCCAUCCGCUGGAUCAAAGAGAACGCAGCAGCGUUUGGGGGCGACCCCGAACUCAUCACUCUGUUUGGUGAGUCGGCUGGGGGCGGCUCCGUCAGCAUCCUCCUUCUGAGUCCAGUUACUAAAGGCUUGGCCAGGAGGGGGAUUUUGCAGUCGGGGACUAUGAACGCCCCGUGGAGUUAUAUGUCGGGGGAGAGGGCGCAGCAGAUUGGGAAGGUGCUGGUGGAGGAUUGUGGAUGCAAUGUUUCGUUGUUGGAGUCGAGGCCGCAUGAGGUCAUUGAUUGUAUGAGGGCGGUGGAGGCCAAGACGAUUUCCUUGCAACAGUGGAAUUCGUAUUCGGGGAUUUUGGGAUUCCCCUCGACGCCUACAGUGGAUGGGGUUUUUAUGCCCAAGCAUCCCAUGGAUAUGCUGGCUGAAGGGGAUUACGAGGAUAUGGAGAUCCUGGUCGGGAGUAAUCAAGAUGAAGGCACUUACUUCUUACUUUACGAUUUUAUCGAUUUCUUCGAAAAGGAUGGCCCUAGCUUCCUUCAACGAGACAAAUAUCACGACAUUAUCGAUACGAUAUUCAAAAAUAUGAGUCGGUUGGAACGUGAUGCUAUAGUAUUUCAGUAUACUGAUUGGGAGCACGUCAACGACGGCUACUUAAACCAGAAAAUGGUGGGCGAUGUUGUCGGUGAUUAUUUUUUCAUCUGUCCAACAAAUGACUUCGCCGAGUUGGCAGCAGAGCGAGGAAUGAAAGUCUACUAUUAUUUUUUUACACACAGGACAAGCACGUCGUUGUGGGGCGAGUGGAUGGGGGUGAUGCACGGGGAUGAGAUAGAAUACGUGUUUGGCCAUCCUUUGAACAUGUCGUUGCAGUUUAACUCAAGGGAACGAGAACUCAGUCUGAAGAUAAUGCAAGCCUUUGCUAGAUUUGCAGCAACGGGGAAACCUGUGACAGACGACGUGAAUUGGCCACUGUACACAAAAGACCAGCCUCAGUAUUUCAUUUUCAACGCCGACAAAAACGGCAUCGGGAAAGGUCCUCGAGCGACAGCUUGCGCUUUUUGGAACGAUUUCCUGCCGAAGCUUCGAGAUAAUCCAGAUUCGGCGGAGCCGCCGUGCGUCAACACUUACUUAAGCAAAAUGGGGUCUUCAUCUGGUAGAGCAUCAACUCGCACCCUGUUGGAAAUUCUCAUCCAUUUGAUGCUAGCUCUAAGCGCAUUGUAGAUAAGUAUCUCUUAUAUGUAAGCAAAUGUAGGCCUACUUAGUCGCAAAGCUUCAGACACAGACGUAGAGAAUACGAAAUGAAAUUAGAAUAAUAAUGUUAAUUCAACAAUCGCUUUCUAAUUCGUGUUGUACAUAGGAACUGUCGAAUGAGAAAGCGAUUGAAAGAAAUCAAAACCCGGUCUGGAUUAAAACUGAAGCUUUAGAAUGGAGUCAGUUUGUACCCUGGAAAAUUGACGUGAUACAAAAGCGCCUCAUUCUGCCGAUGUCACCGAAUUGUGACACUCAAUGAGACACGAGAUAGAAAAAUGCUUGUUUUUGGGCAUGCUCGUGGCAAUUGUACGCAUUGUAUAACACUUGACUUUGUAUAAAAUCCAAUUUGAUUGCAUUUAUACACAGUCAUCGACAAUCAUCUUAAUAAUAUUAAGUAACCAAUCUUAUGUUAGGUGUAGGGUUUGCGCCACACUUGCGUCGUGCAUGCUUCUGUAAAAAUUUCUAGGGAAUCGUGAUAACAGAUCCUUUAUUUUCAUCUUUUAGCCAAAUUUGUAUAUAAGAGAUAAUUUUGUUAACAACAUUGUACAUUUUAUAUAUGACACGUUAUAAUCAUUUUCUUUCCGAGUAGCUUGUUUCCUGUUUGUGUCCACGCUUGUCAAUUGAAAAAAAAAAAAACACACAACCGUACAAUAAAUUCUAAAGCAUGAAUUGCUGGUUGCUCACACAUCGGACUUCUAUUUCACUUUUCCGGAUCGAAAGAAUGACAAUUCACAAGUACAACUGGAGCAGUUCCGGGGUUCUUAUACAAGUAUUAGUGGUAGCAGGCUUACCACCCUAGUCGAGUCAACAAAAACACAAAUCAAACAAUUUUUUGGCUUGUAAAGUUGACUUUGUGUGCUUGUUGGUUAGGCUCUAACUGUCGUUCUUAUGCCUGUAUUAGAUUAGUGCCUAUAUUUACUACUUAUACCUAUAGUAUAGCUAUUUAUACCGCGCAAAAGGGCUGGAAACAGCUGAAAUGAGCUGCUGCUGUGAAUACAUAUCAUGGACGGGGACAGUGUGGACGUCGUCGCUUCAUUCCUCGACUUUCUUACACACAACUGAUUCUUACAAAUUUACAACAGUCUUAUGAUAGUUUAGUAAGCAGCGGAGGACGUCGUCGUCACUUUUCCCGUCGUUUCAUUUCCGAUACGGUGUACCACUGAAGCUUUAAACCGAACGGAGUGUUUGAGCUUAUAAAUGUUAGAUUUGUUGACUGUUGUUUCGUGUUUUUCUUUGCCGAGCACCGUCUAGCAAGUAGUUGUCGGCCUGUGUUGCCAUGGGGCCCCCAUGGCCGUACCAUAGAUACAUAUCAUAACCGUGCAAAGUGUAAUUAUUACAAUCAAUAUACAUAUCUAUCGAAACUGCACACAUAUCAUGAAUGUGACUUCAGCUGUCCUGUCCAAUAAUUAAGUAGUGUUUAAAUGUAAAAUGAAUGAUAAAAUCGUAUUUGAUAUACACAUAAUCUUAAAAUGUAUUUUUUAAAGAUAUACAUUUAAAAGAAGACAUAUCAGAAAGACAGUUGUACCAUAUUAGCGUAUUUUAGCGGAGAAAAUGUUAAUCGUGUUAGAGAAGAGUCGGAUUCAAUCUUUUGUUGAAUCGAUAUGCACCGUAACUAAAGAGUUACCUACCGCUUCAAUAUGUUCGCCAUUUUGAUGUGAUACGUGAUAGAUAUCUACUCUUCAUGAUGGUGCUUUCAUGCACUUUAGAGAUAAAAGUGGAGCCAUUCUGUAACACACACUGUUGUUGGUAGGAAAAUGGCCGAGCACUGUCCUGAUUGAGUUAGCUUCUCAUUGGUUUUGAUGUGUUUAUUAUACAAUGGUCGCUCUAAACAGUCAAUAUUAAUUAGUAACUAGUGUCUAGGGAAAGAAAAACGUAGAUUAUAUGCAUACAUGUAGCUUAACAAAACAAAAAAAUGUAAUGUUAUAUAUUAUAUACGUAGGCCUAUCUGAUAUACACUGAAUUUAUUAAUUUUGUAUAUUUCAGAUUUAUUUUGUUAACUUUGUAUGUGUGGAGAACUAAACACUAAAUAAGUCAUUAUUUUUAAAACUGUUUUACUUUAACCUUUAUAUAUUGUUUAUCUAUCCUUAUAAAUAAAUGAUGUAUAUUCCCAA